AUGCGCAACUGCUCAAAAAAUAUCGAUUGUAAUUGUCAUCCAGUUGGUUUGGUGACGGGUGUUCCAGGGAUUGGAAAAAGUAGAUUGUUAAUUGAAUGUGUUAAUCAUAUUAGAAAAAGUUUUCCGGGAUUUUUAAAAGACUUGGUCGACCUCAUAAUAGUAUCUUAUAAUAAUGGGAAUACACCUUCUGAUUUAAAUUUGCAAUUAGGGGCAGAAAAAUCUUUAAGCUUACAACUUUUGCAUUUUGCAUUUGUGAAUCCAUCAAGAAAGUAUAUCGAGUUUGUUGUGAAUCUAAAAAGAGAAGGAUUUAAGUACGAUAUUACUUUCAGGGAAGCAAUUUCCAUUUUAUGCAAAGGGUUAAAUAUUCGAUCUAUAGACAAAUGGCUAUUGGUUGUAUCGAUUGAUGAUCCAAAUUCUUGGAAGUGUCAUCUGAGUAUACACUGUGAUAGGCCUGAUGGCAAGAACGAUGGUUACUACAAUAAAUGCUAUCUUUUAAUGGAAACAUGCAAAGAAUUUCGUAUUUCUCUAGCGGAUGUUGGAGAAUGGCCAUUUAAGGAGGAUGUUUUGCCUGCAGUUAAAACCUAUGUAUAUAGACGUUAUUCAGAAGGUGCUGAUCCAUUUGCUGUUAAAUUUAUUGAGGAUGUCAUCCUUCAAACACCUGUAUGUCGAAAUCAAUUGAUUGAUGACACUGUGAAUUCAUCUACUACCUAUGGUGAUCUUGAAUCUCGAGCAGGUGUAUUACUUAUAAAACAAAAUGAUGCAGAUAUUGUUACAAUGCCUUUUCUUCUUCUCGAAUGGCUUUCUGCUAAAUCAAAAUGUCUGAAGAAUCCAGCGAUAGCUUUACUUAGAAAAAUGCUAGUGAAUGGUGGUGGUAAAAACAUAAGCAACCAAAGUCAACUAACAUGGCAAGAAUUUGUCGCUCUUUUUGAGUCUGUUAAGACAAUGCUUCUAUGUCAACGUGAAAAAGAAUUCGCAUUUUAUAGCGAUAACGAACCUACAACUAUUAAUUUGUCUGAUUAUUUCAACGUUAAGCGACGAUUUUUGCCUGAUAUAGUCUUACCUCAAGAUGUUAAGGUUUAUAAAUCCAUGGAACAAUUUCCAAGAAAGAAACAUAUCACUGAUUCACGUACUGGAAAAACUCUAAAUUGGAAAUGUGAGACGAGCCCGAUGAUUAUUAAUGGGAACUCAGCAGAAUUUGCAGAUAUUUUUACAAUUAGAAGAAUUGGUGAACAAUGCUUAAAUGAAGAAAGACAUUGA